GUAGAUUUAGUAGCUCUCGCUCCUGAAGGCCUGACGAUACCCCUAAUUAUCGCAGUCAUCACACACCUAGGACUUCGCCUCUCUUAUUUCUUUCUUCCUUGUACUACUGCCGUCAUUCUGCUUGCGUCGUUACAUCACAUGGCAACGCUCCCAAGAUCCACGAAAAGCAGCGCCUUCCUGUCUCGGCCGCACUCAGACUUCGAUGCAGGAAUUAACACAUCGACAGCGUGGACUGAACAUUUGGAAUCGAGCUCUACUCCAUCCUCCGACGAUGAGCAAGAGAGCGGGCGAUCGGCGAGGGCACUUUAUGAUUUCCAUGGGAAGGCCGAGUUUAGAGAGUUGGGCGUCAUGGCCGGCGAUGAGCUCGAGGUUUUGAAGGAGGAGCUUCCUGAUGGAUGGAGUUUGGUGAAGGCAGAUACGGGCGAGACAGGAUUGUUACCUCGAACCUAUUACACUUUUACCUCAGACUUCACAGUUUCUUCUGACGUCGAGCUUCCGGGACCCUCAUCAUUUAGAAAGUCUAAGAAACGAGAGCGGGAGCCAUCUACCAACUCAAUAACACCCCGCGCAUCACCCAGGAAUUCCGUUCAGCCUAUCAUACCGCAAAAUACAGGUGAAUGGAUGUUUCCAAGCUUCCGACAGAGCCUUCUGGGUGGGAAGUCGCUCAAUCGAUUCUCAAACUUUGUUACCAGCGGCGCCGAAGCAUGGGUCUUGAAGGGCAACGCAGCAGACACGACAUUAACUACCUCUACAUUCCCUACGAUUCACGAGAAGUUGAAAACAACUGCUUCAGAUGAGUGCGGUGACGAAGAUAUCGACGAAGGAGACAGCGAAGAGGCAACUGUGAGUAAUAAUAGGCUCAGUCAGAUUGGACUGGGAGAAGCAGACAAACAUUUCGUCGACGCUGGACAUGCCUGGAAGUCGAAGCUUCCACCCUUCCGAGUUCUGGUUCAUUCACCGUCGAAGCGCACAUCUGUGCUCUCGGGAUCAUAUACAAUCUAUAACGUUACCUCUUUAUUCAAUCACAGCUCACCAUCUGAUUCAGAAACAGAUCCUCCUAGUUCCCCUACAAGAAUAACAGUUCAACGGCGAUAUAGUCAUUUUGUUGUCCUUCAUACGGCUCUGACAAGACGCCUCCCCGGAAUUGCAUUGCCUCCACUUCCCGAGAAGCAGUAUGCUGGACGUUUCAGCGAAGACUUUGUGGAGGCCAGACGUGGGGAUCUGGAACGAUAUAUCAGUAAAGUGGUCAAGCAUCCAGUUGCACGCUACGCAGAGGUGGCGACUUUCUUCCUUGGAUGUGAGAGCGACACGGAGUGGAAACGCCUAGUACCACAUCAUCUCUCACUACCUCCCGCUGGACCCUCUUUCUAUGCACAUGUUUACCAUCCAGCAUUCAAUGUAGAUCUUGAAGACGCAGAAGAUGCCGUCGAACGGUUCAGCACACAUACGAAGGCGGUAGGCAAAGGUGUACAGGGUCUCAGAAGUAUAUUUGGGCGUGUGCGAGAAGCCCGAGUGGAGAUGUCCAAGGCCGAAAGGCUGCUGUCGUACUCAUUACUCUCCCUGAUUACCACGAAACCGCUCGCGUCUGCCCCGACGACUGGAGUUGCAGACGAAGAUGAGGAAUACAACUCAAAAGACAAGGGUCUUAUAAAUGAGAACGGAGCUUGGUGCUGGCGCGAAGGAUGCAGAUCCUGCUUAGGAGUUACGAAAGCAAUGCAACGAACAUCGGAAGCGCUACAAAGUAUUGCCGACCUAUACGAUGAUCAUGCCCGGCGUACGCAACUGGCCACCCAUGAAGCCCUCAAAACAGUUUCACAUCCGUCCUCCACAUACGACGGGGUCAUUUCAACCCACCGUUCGACUCUGACAAGAUAUGGUGAAGCAAGUAGUGGAAAUCGCGUAUGUCCUAAUUGCUCUUGCGUGCUUCUGAUGUCGUACUCCUCUACCUCAGCCAGACGAAGAAAUGGCCUCUCGUUGUGAAACCGUCCUCAACACCACCAUGGCAGAAAUGGAGACCUAUCACACGCAAAAAGUCGAGGACUUCUCCAGUAUCGCGAAAGAACAUCUUGAUGGUGAGAUUGCACUCUACGAACAGAUCCUUUCUCGCCUCCAAGCGGCGCGAAAGUCUUUUGAUUCCCCCCAGCUGCAGGAGCUUUCACGAUCACCAAGACAACCCUCGAUAUACGAGAGGGAACUCGAGCACCCGCGGCUUGGCGCAGCACCGCUGUUGCAGCCUUGUCCACAUGUAUUUGACUCGGCACCAAUGAGGCCAGUCAGCGUCGCUAUUCAGGGAGGAGUUGGAAUAUUGACAGGUAGAGGAAGUGUAUUUGGGAAGUUCUGGUGAGAUUUGUACCACUAUCUAACACGCCUGUUCGGAUUGGCCCGCGACUGCACUGCCACUGGCUCACGUCUCCGAGAAGUCUCUUGCGUCGCUUUUAUGACUCGGGUAUCUGAGAAUCUGCAGGGAGACCAUGACUACGUAUACAUUCAAAUAUAUAGAGCUUUUACCGCUCUGAACGAAGC